AUGAAGCACUGCACACUGGAUUGCGACGGCACAGAAGCUCAUGCAAGCACCGCAACAUUCAGGAGUCUGAUCUGGAAGCCACCACCACAUUACGGUACAGCAGUUAGCAUUGGUGAGUAUUCACGAACAACCGGUGACCUCCUGUUGAACACCGCUAGUGAGGACCAUCGUGGAACCCCUGAAGCCCCGGGCAGAGUGGUCACUUUGAUUCAAAGGUCAUUCUGGGAAACCCUCCACGAUCCUCAACGACAGACCGAGAGUGACCGCGUCUGGGGGGUCGCGUAUCAUAUAAUACCUGCUAAAGUCGACGAGGUGCGAGAGUACCUCGAUCUCCGCGAGAUAAACGGAUACAGCAUCCAAUAUACUCCUUUCCAUCCGGCUGAUCCUUCGAUUCCGGACAUUCACUGUUUGGUCUAUAUUGGAAUGCCAGACAACCCACAAUUCCUGGGCGCACGUCCGCCUCAAGAGAUUGCAGAAACCAUUAAUGCGAGUAUUGGGCCCAGUGGAGAGAACAGAGAGUAUCUCUUGCAGCUUGAGCACGCCUUGAACCAUCUGAGUCCGGACAGUGGCGAUGAACAUGUGACUGACCUGGCUCGCCGGGUUCGAGCGUUGCCUCGGCCGGCUCGAGUUCCGCCCAUAUCACCGCCGGAGCACGCCUUGAAAAGAGUCGGCAGCACCGAAGAGCAAGAGGAGAUUGAGAAAGAAAUCUGA